GGAUAUAAACUCUAGCAACGUCCUCGAGCGGCUUCACGUAUUGUGGCUGUAUCAGCUCGAGAGGCUGAAGAAAGGGUGCCUUACCUACUUGUUUGUGUUUGGGAAGAUAUACGAUGUGAGAUGAGAUCCACAGCUUCUUCCACCACGCCGAUCCUGAGCUGAUGCUGGAGAUGUUCCAAGAAGUUCUCAGUGUUUGGAAGCCGAUAUGAGGUCCGACCCUCUGGGGAACUGUCAGUACAGCAUUGCGCUUCCAAAGCUUCCCUUGUGAGUUGUACUUGUAUCCCAGUUAAAGCCUGUUGCGAUGUGGAGAGGAAGCUGGUUGUGUAAAUAGGGUACAAAUUUGCAAUGUCUGCUAGGAAUCUUAAGUACUGAUGUCCAAAGGCACCUUCCUUGUACAGUUUGUAUGUGAUUUCCAUUGUUACAGGCAGGCAGAUGCGUAUGUUUAUCUGGAGGCAACUUUGGUGUGCUAUAUACGACUCUUACUGGAGAAUUGAUCUGAUCUAGAUGGUAUAGGUGCUCGUUAAUUGUUGUCUGAAAUGGUACUCUUUUUUGGUUGGUUGGUAGCUGGUCGCAGACUGUGGGCGCUUGCUGAUCAUGGCAGGCAGGCAGACAGGAAUGCUUAUUUGACUUGGCAAACCCGGGUUUUGGCUUCGUCAAUGUGGAUUACACAAGUCAGACAGUCUGUUCUCUGUUGCUAUCAUCUGACGAAGAACAUUUCAGCUGUUCUAGAUAGAUGGAUGUAAUACAAUACAGAUGCCGUGCAUACUAGAGGUGUUUGAUUACAGGUGGCUGCAUGUUAGGAAAGACACGGAAGGCAGGUGGAAAAAAAGAAGUUUUUUCAUGCGUCUGGAGGUUGAAGAGAGCAAGCGAUUCCAAAGGAUCGAGGUGGAACAUGUACACGGUUUCUCGCUGUUCACCGCGUUGAAAGCGGAGGAGUUGUUGAGAUCCACCUAAUCGCCUUGCUCCUUCCUUGCCCUGCCUAGCAACCAGUACGACCCAUCGCAUCUAUGGCGCAACGGCUGCUGCUGCUCUUGGCGACCGUCGCCGCUCUGCUGUUCGCGCCUGCGGCCGCGGCGCAGGUGGGCGACACGUGCUCCUCGGACGGCGGCUGCGGCGCGGGGCUGCACUGCAGCGCCUGCGGCUCCGGCGGCGCCAAAAUCUGCACGCGCGCCAGGCCCAUCGACCCCGCCACCCACGGCACCGGUCUGCCGUUCAACAACUACUCGUGGCUGACGACGCACAACUCCUACGCCCUCGCCGGCGCCGCCUCCGCCACCGGCGCCGCCAUCAUCAGCCCGACCAACCAGGAGGACACCGUCACCGCACAGCUCAAGAAUGGUGUUAGGGGCUUGAUGCUCGACACUUACGACUUCAAUAACGAUGUCUGGCUGUGCCACUCAUUUGGUGGGCAAUGCUACAACAUCACUGCCUUUCAACCUGCCAUCAAUGUUUUCAAAGAAAUCCAAACUUUCCUUGAUGCAAACCCAUCAGAAGUAAUCACAGUUUUCCUGGAGGACUACACCACUACAGGGUCCUUGCCAAAAGUAUUCAAUGCUUCUGGUCUUAUGAAGUAUUGGUUCCCAGUGGCAAAAAUGCCAAAGAGCGGUGGCAACUGGCCUUUGCUCAAGGAUAUGAUUAGCCAGAACCAGCGCCUGCUGGUCUUUACAUCAAAGAAGUCAAAGGAAGCAAGCGAGGGGAUUGCAUACGAGUGGAAUUAUGUCGUGGAAAACCAGUAUGGAAAUGAAGGUAUGGUAGAAGGUAAAUGCCCCAAUCGCUCAGAGUCUCCGCCCAUGGAUUCCAAAAGCCAGUCGCUUGUGCUGAUGAACUUUUUCACGACUAACCCAAGUCAAACUGGGGUUUGCAUGAAUAAUUCAGCGCCGCUUAUUAGCAUGCUGAAAACCUGCCAUGACGCUUCGGGCAAUCGGUGGCCCAACUAUAUUGCUGUUGAUUUCUAUAUGAGGAGUGAUGGUGGAGGAGCUCCCUUAGCUACAGAUGUGGCAAAUGGGCAUCUGGUAUGCGGCUGUGACAACAUUGCAUAUUGCAAGGCCAACUCGACGUUCGGAACCUGUGUGAUACCACCACCUCCACCGCCAUCACCACCCAGGGCCGGCGGCAGAGGCGCAACAGCAGGCGGCGAUGCCAGUGCGGCAGCAGCCCGGCCUCAUCUACCCUACCAAUGUGGCUUCUUGCUCGGACUGGCAUCUCUGCUGCUUCUGUUGUUACUCUCGUAAGGGCAGCACUUGAGCUGGUGGUGUUGUCCUGUGCUCGAUCGGUGAUCCAUUCCAUCCUUGUGCUGCUUUUGUAACAUCCUGGUCGAGGCAAUUUGAUUUGAUUGGUUUGGUUUCGUUUGUAACCUUGAUGACCCUGAGCACAUCAUGUGCACGCCUGAGCCGAGCCGAGCUGUAUAUUUGAAUUGUUAUUGAGCUGGUAGAUACGGAGUUUAAAUCAUUUUUCCUUUAAUUGUGUUGUUAUAUUUGCAUUCUCAAAUCUGUGUUACCCGGACAUCCUUGUUCAAAAUUUUUUGCCGAGUCGGACACUCGCGUAUC